AUGUCGGUGAAUUUUGUGAUAAUUCAACUAAUCUCGGUGGCAGCAAUUACAAUAGCAGUUCCCCCUAAUCCAAAGCCGUCUUCGGUGGCCAGGGAUGGAACACUGCCUCUUCUUUAUGGCGAUCCAACCAUAGUCGGUGAAGAGACGGAGGAGGAGGAGGAGGAGGAAGAAGAAGAAGAAGACGAUGAUGAGGAGGAGGAGGGUGGCGAGGACUUGGACCACUCCUACCUCGAAUAUUUAAAGGAAACUUUUAGAAGAGGUCGUCGCAAUUACUUUGGAUUCAUGGAUUCCGAUGAACUCUACAAUGCAUUCCCAUUGCCUCAACCGGAGUUUCUUGGAUGA